AUGGCAGCCGGGUCCUCCAGCGCGGGCCUCGUGGGCGAGGUCGACGACUUCUACUUCUCCGUCCUCGCCCACGGGCGGAACGACGACGACGACGACGAGCUCUUCCCGAUAUCCGACGAGAAGUACGCCGCGGAGCUCCAGCUGCAGGAGGUGAUCAUGUCCUCCGCGGUCGCGGCCACUGCGGGAUCGUCCUCGUCCUUGCCACGUCGCAGCAGCACGGCUAGCAACAAUGCCGCAGCAGCUCUGGCAUCCUCGGCUCACGGCAAAGGUGAGUGCUCCUACGCCUCGUCGUCGUCCCGGCCGUCAACGUUCCUCGCCGACGCCGCCGCGACGUCGCUCGUCUUCUGCAAGAUCUGCAUGGACGCGGUGCCGCCGUCGGACGCGCACCGCGCCGGCCGCGGCUGCGCGCACGCUUUCUGCGGCGGCUGCCUGGCGCGCUACGUCGGCGCCAAGAUCCAGGAGCGGAUCGCCGACAUCCGGUGCCCCGAGGAGCGGUGCGGCGGCGCGCUGGACCCGGAGCUCUGCCAGGGCAUCCUGCCCCGGGAGGUCUUCGAGCGGUGGGGCGCCGCGCUGUGCGAGGCCAUGCUGCUGGGGGCCAAGACGACCUACUGCCCCUACAAGGACUGCUCGGCGACGAUGCUGGUGGACGGCGACGGCGACGUCCGCGACGUCGCGGAGGCGGAGUGCCCGAGCUGCCGGAGGCUCUUCUGUGCGCGGUGCGGCGUGGCGCCGUGGCACGCCGGCGUGACCUGCGCCGAGUACAAGAGGCUCGGGAAGGGGGACAGGGGCAAGGAGGACAUGAUGCUGCUCGAGAUGGCCAAGGGGAGGAGGUGGAAGCGGUGCCCCAAGUGCGAGUACUUCGUGGAGAAACGCGACGGCUGCUUGCACAUUACUUGCAGGUGUGGCUUCGAGUUUUGCUAUGGAUGUGGCGGCACGUGGGGAAUAACUCACUCUCGUUGCAGCACAGCGUGA